AUUCAAACCUCACAUCAUCUGAACCUAGUAAAGAAAUGAUUCCUUUAUAAGUCAAAUUAUCAUUUACAUCUUAGAACUUCAAUCAUCGUUAGUCAGCUUCUGUUUUGUUUAGGUAAUAUGAAUCCAGAAAACAAUCUCCUGUCACACAUGUUGUUGUUACACAUAAUCCAAGAAGAAGUCACUAAUUUGAUGGCAGAUCCAAUUCACCAUCCAAGAUUUUAACCACCUCACAUGUCUAUCCCAAAAUUAUACAAUCCACAGAAUUGAAAACCAGAAUACCUACCUAGGUAAGUCCGUCCCUUGUAAUCUAGGCUUAAAGUAUCCCCAUUCAAGAGGCACUCAAGAUAUACUCAUCCAAAACCAAUACCGAUUCUCAGUAUAAUUCAAAUAAGGUCUCUUCGUACGUCCAAGAGAAACUUAAUGAAAGGUCAAACUACACUAAGACUACUACCGGCGAAAGUUAGGAUGACGAGAAGUCUUCCAAGCAAAGUAUUCAUUAUCCCCUUAUUAGAACCAUCAAUAAUAUAUUAAAAACAACUUCUUGACAAAGAUUUAUAAAUCAUGCAAUUAUAGAAAGAAAUCAAAUAAAUCAAAGAAUCAAAUGUAAUUGAUUUAAAUAUGUACUUUAGAAAAAAUAUCAAAAUAUUGAAAAGGAAUACGAUAAACUUUUAUAAGAAAAUCAAAAGUUGAAAUUGCAAAUCUAACUAUAACAAGUCCAAAUUACCUAACUUACACAUUAGUAAUCCUUGAUCUCUCCAGGGAGACCCUCAGAAUAUGUUAGUGCAUUGAGUGAAUAAGAUAAGCUAAAAAUAAAGACUCUACUAGAAUGUGAAUGA